CUGCUGGUGAGUUAUUCCAAGCUUACCACAUGGUGGCGCUCUCCACAACUCAUGAGGGCGCUCUUCAUUGUUACCACAGAUUCAUGGUCCUUAUUGAUGACACAUGUCUGUGUCCUAAAUUUUUGACUCGUAUUUUGACUCGUAUUUUGACUCAGUAUAAUUCGAUCAUCCUUCCACCCCAGGACCCGAGGACAGAGUUUUUACGUGAACUCUGCAAUCGCCACAGUCAUAUUUGGUAAUAAAUAAGCCAGGAAUAUACAGUGUUGAACUUGAAACAGUGUUGUUAACUACAACCGCCACAGUAAAAACUCUUCUUGGGAUAAGAUGUCAGACACGGAUGAUAUACAGGUUGGUGAUUCGGCUUCAGUUCUCAGCCAUGGCAGUCGCAGUUCGAAAGCCAGCUCAAGACACUCGAACACAGAGCUGCUUCGUAUAACAGAGGAGCAGAAGAGAGCAGAGCUUACUGCUCGGUCUGCAGCUAUCAAUGAAGCACAUGAGUUGGAGAUAUCAAGACGAACAUUAGAAAUGGAAAAUCAACGACUCAUGCAGCAGAUAGAGAUGUCACGACUGGAACUUCAAAGACGAGCGAAUCAGCUGAGACUCCAGACAGAGAUUAAUGUGAGCAGCGCAAGACUUGAAGUUUUGGACAAGUUUGAUGGUGAGUCCCCUCAGCAGCAUAAGCCAGAGUUGAAUGAUGUAAAUGACCUCCCCCCAAUAAUUGAUGGGUCAUUUACCGAGGCAGAAGCUGAGAACGCACCAAACGAUAGUCCACAACAUCGUGCUCGCAAACCAGAACAUGGGACUUUGAAUACCUUUCGAGACGCACAGAAUGAUGGUGACAAUUUCCCUAAAACCCCACCCCCUAUGUCUACUCCACCUACUGGAAUGUCGGAUUCAUCUGACGCAGUUCUCCCCCCACAGACCAGUGAUGUACCCCGCAACGAUGUGGCAAGUGCCAUCACAGCACUGGCAGAUGUGCUCACACACCGGGAGGAGAAAUUGCCUAAGAAAGAACCAGAAAUCUUCAAAGGCAGUGUAUUCGACUUCCCCGUGUGGAUGAAUUCCUUUUCCGUUCUGGUAGAGCAGCGCUACACAUCACCAAUCGACCGCCUAUACUAUUUAGGCAGAUACACGUCUGGUGAGGCCCGAGAGUGUAUCAAAGGACUUCUCGCCUUGAACAGUGAGAACGCAUACCAGAAAGCGAAGAAACUCCUGACUGAGCGGUACGGUAACAAGAUGCUAGCUGCAAGCACCUAUCGUGAGAAAAUAAGCAAAUGGCCGACCGUGAAGCAAGACGAUGGAAAAGGACUGCGUAAUCUCUCAGAUUUCCUUUUCCAGUGCGAAACAGCCAUGUCAACUCUGAGCCAGUUAAAGGUUCUUGACGACCCAGCCGAGCACAAGAAAAUUAUAGAGAAGCUACCGAGGCAGGUGCAGGGUCUUUGGCUUCGUUUCGUCGACCAGUGCAUGUAUGGCCAGAAGGAUGCAGAGGAAGGUGACUACCCGCCCUUUGCCGAGCUGUGCAAAUUCAUCGCAAAGGAGGCUCGCAUUGCCUGUAGCCCCUUUCACCAAAAACCGAUGGACGAGAAGAGGGAAUUGACCAAAUUUGUCAAACCUACCAAGUCGGGAACAGCCACGACAUUUGCCUCAAAGGCAGAUGAGCUCACAACGAAGAAGAAGACUAGCCCCCUAAAGGAGCCAACAUCAACUCGAUUCCUGUAG